CAACGCCCCCGGAAACGCCUCCAACGCUUGCUGCUUCUGCUGGUGCUGCUGUUGCAGUUGCUCCUGUUUAACUGUUCGGGGUGAAGACGAGACAUUCCAGAGGUCCACUUGCGAUCGCAGGAUGGACGCUGCAAACAGCUGUGAAGAGAGGCCCAAGCCCACGCUGGAGGACGCUCGGUCCUGGACGGCGUCCUUCGAGAAGGUGAUGAAGAGCGCGGCGGGCCGCGGCUGCUUCCGCCAGUUCCUGCGCACCGAGUUCAGCGAGGAGAACAUGAUGUUCUGGCUGGCCUGCGAGGAGCUCAAGAAAGAGACCAACAAGACGGUGGUGGAGGAGAAAGUGCGGCAAAUAUACGAGGACUUCAUCUCUAUCCUCUCCCCGAAGGAGGUCAGCCUGGACUCGCGCGUGCGCGACAUGAUCAACCGCAACAUGCUGGAGCCCACCUCGCACACCUUCGACGACGCCCAGCAGCAGAUCUACACGCUGAUGCAGAGAGACUCGUACCCGCGCUACAUCAACUCGGCCGCCUACACCGAUUUGCUCAAGAGUCUGGAGGAGCCUCUGCCGGCGACGCCUCCCCCAAAGCCAUAGAAGACUCACGAUUAGCUUCAAUGGAGAAGAAAAAAAAAGGCGGCACGUGUCCCAAGGAAGUUCUAGUUGUACAUCCCGCAAACCCCGGCUUGCCCACAAAUGUCUAUUUUUCUACACUCCUUUGCGCUUUACGUUGCACUUUUCUAACUUGUUUCCGGGAGGGGCCGCCAUUCUUCGCUAUCUUUUAGCAAUUUAGAAGACGGAGUGUGCCUUUGGGACAACAUCUUCCACACGGGGACAACUUUUCCAGUACAUCCCGACAGGUGCCACAUGACUUUGGUGCUGUUCAGCUUUUUCUCCAGCUUACAUUUCUGAAUAUAAUAACACAGAUGAUCGAUCUAUCUUAUCUGGACAGAGAGAUACCUAUAAAUAGCAAUAUACACUGUAGUUAGUUCCAUCUAUGUAGUUCCAUCUGUUGAUAUACAGUAUAGGCCGUGCAUCUCGAUACUGUGAUCUGCGUCGUUUUCUAUGAGGAGAGGAAAGGCGACGUGAAGAAACAUGGCCACCGCUAUAGUUGUAGUGUAUCAGGGUGAAAUGUUUGUGUGAAAGCAGUGAAAUAAAAAGCACAAUCACGUUGU